GGAGAACAUAUAUGCAUAUUUGUAAAAUGAUGAACAAGAACAAAACAUGAAAGUCGUCAUCAUCAUCAUCAAUAGAGCUAAAGGGUUAUCUCAUCACAUAUAUAUACCCAAGCUUCCCCUUUCCUAGGGCUGGUUUUAUGGCACCGCCUUUCUGACAGUUGCUGUUCUGUUUUCUAGACCAUCGCCACUGUCCAUCGCCAAAACCACCAUUUUUAAUCAAGCUUUCUCUCUCUAGAACUUUUUUUUUCCCUACUUUUGCUUGGCAUAAAAGUGAAGCUUUUAAAUUUGCUUUUUGUUCUUGUUCAAUUCGCACAUGUUUUUCAUCAGAAAGAUAAGUUCUUUUUAGAUCUCGAUGAGUUAUUUUGUGGUUGCAAAAGGAAGAACUUCAUAAAGAUCGAGACAAGAUAGACUUUUUAAUACUCUUUUUUUUUUUUUUUUUUUUAAGUUUCACCAUAAUCAUAACAUCUUCAUCAUCAUCACGUAUGAACUGAAAUGGCUGAAGAAGAGAAGAUCAUCAGAGGGAGUAAUACUAUGGUCGACGACUCUACAGAUAAUUACAAUUGUUACUCUGAUGAUGAUCAUCAUCAUCGUGUGAAUUCAUGUAGUAACCGUAAUGCUACAACUACCUUUGAAACAAGCCCUUUAGAGAUCUUCAACUACGAGUCACACAACUCGGUGAGUCACAACUCACCGAUGUUCUGGAAAGACCCUUCUUCUCCUCCUUCUUCCAAACCGAUCACUGAUUCAGAUUUCUAUCAUUUUGAUGAGUCGUCUCUGCAAAGAUGUGUGUUUCCUUGUGCACCGAAUGAAAGGCCAAGUCAAGGUCUCUCUCUUUCUCUCUCUUCAGCUAACCCUCCCACCAUAGGAAUACAACCAUUUGAGCUUGUAAGACCACAAGAACAUCAUUAUGAACAUCAUCACCACCAGGGGUAUUUUGGAAAAUCCAUGAGUAUGGAUCAUGACCAACAUCAUCAAGACAUGAUGACUCAAGAUGGGUUUUUGGGAAGACCUGGAAACAUCAUUAACAGUAGUGGCGGCGAUGGUGAUAUUGAUGGUGGUGGUGGCGGCGGUUCUCACUAUAACCACUAUCAAAGUGCACAGUACAACUUAAGAACUUCGAGAUACUUGGUUGCAGCACAAGAGCUUCUCAACGAGUUCUGUAAUCUUGGAUCAAAGCAAAGCGAUCAUUCACCAAAAGCGAAGGGUGUAGACACAACAUCAAAUCAGUGGCAAGAUACACAUGAUAACUUGAAUAAUGCUAGUUCUUCAAAAACCAAAUCUUUAUCUUCUAUUGAACUUAUGGAAUUGCAAAAAAGAAAAACGAAGCUUCUCCAAAUGCUAGAAGAGGUUGAUAGAAGAUACAAGCAUUACUGUGAUCAAAUGAAAGCAGUUGUAUCAUCAUUUGAAGCAGUGGCUGGUAAUGGUGCUGCAAAGGUUUACUCAUCCUUGGCUUCAAAGGCAAUGUCAAGGCAUUUUAGGUGUUUGAGAGAUGGGAUUGUGAGUCAGAUCAAGACGAUGAAGAUGGCAAUGGGAGAAAAAGACGUUUCUGCCCCUGGGUCGAGUAGAGGUGAGACUCCAAGACUUAGGGUUCUUGAUCAAACCCUAAGGCAACAAAGAGCUUUUCAACAAAUGACCAUGAUGGAUAGCCAUCCGUGGAGGCCUCAACGAGGAUUGCCUGAGCGAUCUGUUUCUGUUCUUCGUGCGUGGCUAUUUGAGCAUUUUCUUCAUCCGUAUCCUAAUGAUGUUGAUAAACACAUUCUUGCACGACAAACCGGUCUCUCUAGAAGUCAGGUAUCAAAUUGGUUUAUUAAUGCACGAGUGAGGCUGUGGAAGCCCAUGGUAGAGGAGAUGUACAUGGAAGAAACAAGAACAAAUCAAGAAACCAUGGAAGGAACCUCAGAUGGGUUUAAUCCAAACCCACAAAUGGACCAAAAACCGACUGCUGAUGAGCUUGUUAGAAUAGAUUCCGAGUGUCUUUCUUCCAUCAUCAACCACCCUGAAAAGAUGGAUCACCAACGACCAAAAACCAUAGAUCAUGACUUUCACCACUCUUUUCCUAGGGUGACAAAUUCAUUUGGUGCAGUGGAGCUUGACUUUUCGUCCUACAACAGUCAUCAGAAUAUUGGUGGAGGUGGUGGUGGCAGUGGUGGAGGGGUUUCUUUGACUUUAGGGCUGCAACAACAUGAUGGUGAUGCCGGAGGUGAUGGUGAUCGUGGUGGUGGUGCUGCUGGAGUGAGUUUAGCUUUCUCACCUACUUCACAAGGUUCACUAUUUUACCAUCGUGAUCAUAUUGAAGAUUGUCAAACAGAAGUUCAGUAUUCUUCUCUUUUGGAAGGCGAUCAAGGACAGAACUUGCCUUACAGGAAUUUGAUGGGAGCACAACUUCUUCAUGAUUUGGCUGGUUAAGAUUUGAGAACAAUUAUUUAUUAAAAUAGUUCUAGCCAUAUAUAAAUAUUUAAAUUGAAAAGAAAAUACGGGGCUUAUAAUUUUCAAUUCUAG